AUGGGUUCGCAACAACUCAUAGCGAAUGAAUUACUGGCGUUUGUACAGAAUGCCAUAGACACCAUGGAUGAAGUCAGCAUCAGGCAGAUCUGCAAAUCAAGUUUCAGUGAAGACGACAUUUGCAGUGGCAAGGCGCUGCUCUUCCAGACGCUCGGCAAAACUGACCAGAUGCCACCCCGUCGGAGGGAUGGGGGCGUGAAGAGUCUCCAGGACAUAAUACAACUGUUCAAGGAGAUCGAUCCAGACGACGUGCCUGCCUUCGUUGCGAAGCGGCUAGACCGGUUACCGCCGGUUACCUUUGAUCACGUCGAUGUCACCAGGCUGCUGAAGGACAUAACAUUCCUGAAGACGAGUCUGGCAGAAGUGCAGGCUAAGUUAGAGGUAUCUAAUAAUACCAUCAGUGAGCUACGUUCAGAAUUGGCGUUAUUACGUAGCGCACGUUCGGAAUGUGGGUCAGAUACCUCUGACAUAGCCGUGUGUCACGUUGCGCGGAAUGUGUCCAUCGGCGGUAUUGAACCCGCGAAUUUGGAUGCGUCGGCGAUUGCUGAGCAGGCGACCGCCGAUCCGCGCCCCGCCGCCGCCCGCCCGUCUACGUCCCCGGAGACGCGCACGUCACGCGAGAGUACGUUAACCCCGAAACGUUCUUACGCUGCUACUGCUGCUAAGCCGCCUGCUGUGCCCAAGCCUAAGCAGCGGCCGAAGAAAGGGGUGCAGAGCCUUCGUGAACCUGUUCACAAGGACCAAUCACAGCCGACUCUAAGGGAGUCGCGAUGCGACGCGGACGGUUUCAAGAAGGUGGAGAAGAGAAGAAAACCGGCUCGUCAGAAUCAGGGUGGUACCGCACCGACCAUUUGCUGCGUCCUGCAACACCGUCGACGCUGCUGUAUGUGUCCCGUCUACAUUACCUUACGAAGGUCGACGACAUCGUAA